UCUGUUAUGACGUAGGUUGUGAGAAGGUAGUGCAUAAAGAUCUGUUUAGGGUACUUUGAUGAAAGGAUUUUGGCUUAAACUUUAAUUUUUUUAUUGGGGUAAAGGUAUCUUAAACAGAGAAAUAACUUUUUUAAAAUUUUCGUAGGCUUUAAAAACGUAAUGUGAACGAUGGCUGUGCCUGGUUGGUGUGGUUUGUUUUUAGUGAUGUAGUUAUCAGAAUGCCCAAAAAGAUGAUUACAAAAAGUUGCCCAAAAUGUGUCCAACAGCUGCCAGUAGCAUGUAAAGCAUGCCCAUGUGGGCAUAAUUUUUUUUCUGCUCGGCGUGCAGUCAUUACAGCACAAGCAGCAGAAGUGCGGGAUGAAGGUAUUACCAAGCGUAGGCGAACAGAGAGAGUGAAGCGAGGAAAACCAAAUUAUUAUGAUGCCCUGGAGUAUGAAAAACAAACAAAAAAGCAAAAGCGGAGUCGGAAUGCCAGUGACAUCCCUGGUGAGCAACACAGAAAAGGAGACUACAUAGAUGGCCAGCAUCAACUGAAGAGAAAAAGAAAAAAGAAGGUCUCAGUUGAGAAAGAGCAUGAGGAGAAAGAUAUUUCAUUAUCAGCAAUCUCUCCUGAGAAUAGCCUCAAGUGUUUUGUCAUUCUUGCUGAAAUAAACAGAAAAAUUGGUUCCACAUCAUGGAGGGAAUAAUAGCAUUUUAAUCUACUUCUGUUUGAUCAAGGCUUUUAUAUUGUUUGAAUAUUGGAAAUAUAAUAUGCAUUACAUAUUGGGUAUGUUUGACUUAUACGCUUUAUUGUUGUUAUUAUGAGACUAAGAGAAUGCAAAUUCUACAUGUAAAUUGAAGACUGGCCUUGAUCUGGUCAACUGAAUUAUGUGAUUUUCUUUCCUAGUUUGACUCAAAUAUUCAGAGCUUUACUGUGUAAAUUUUGAACAUUUUCAACUGAAUUCAGUUGAGAUCAUAGAUCAUUGUUUUAUUCUG